AUGGCGCAGAAAGGCACAUACAGUGAAGAGCUGGAAAAUGAGUUCAAACACACUGAUCCAAACGCACACACAAGCAGAUUACUUGCACAGGAAAUUGAUCGGCUCACUAAAGGUGAAGAUGAAAAGAAAGACCGCCCACCAGUUUCCAUGUAUGACAUUCACCAUGAUCGACCCCAGCAAUUUUCUGUGAAAAUCAGAAUUCCCACCAAAGAAUAUCCUAGAUAUAAUUUUGUUGGCAAAUUGCUUGGACCAAAAGGACAGACUCUCAGAGCACUUCAAGAGCUCCAUGUGUUGGUAGAGUGCUAUACAGAACUGACUGAUGGUUAUUACAGACUUGCAGCAGCCUUGACCGAUCUCAAGAAAUUUGUCAUCCCUGAAUUGAUGGAAGACGCAUAUGGCGGCCCUGGUGGCGCAGAAAUGGGAAUGGACGGUCCUCCGGUUAGAGGAAGAGGCGGUUACAGAGGUGGACCUCCAGACAGAGGUGGUCGCGGUGGCUUCAGAGGACGCGCCCCACCGACUAGAAGUCCAAGAGGAGCACCCCGAGGAGGUCCUGCUGGACGUGGCGCACCCUCAAAUCGAGGAGCUAGGGCUGCUCCUCCACCAGCUUCAUAUGAAGGCUACAGUUCUCAGGGCUACGGAUCUGGUUAUGAAUCAUCAUAUGACGAAGGCUAUGAACAAGAAGCAUAUUAUGACUAUGGUGCCCCUAACUUCGGCUCUGCUGCAGGCUAUGAAUCGUAUUCAGGUUAUGACUAUGCUGCUGCACCAUCGAGGGGUUCCUCCAGAGGUCAGGCCAGAUCGCACCCUUACUCACGUACAGCAUCAGGCAACUACUGA